UGUAAUAUAUUAUCGAUAGAACAGUUUGAUACCUAUGUUAAAAGAUUUGAUUUGUUUUUCGUAUUCCUAAAAUAAGCUAGUUUACGUAUCUCUGACUGAAAAAUGGCAACAUAUUAUUUCGUUAUUAUAGGGCACAACGACAAUCCUAUAUUCGAAAUGGAGUUUACGACAGUUAAUAAGGAAAUGCGUAAAGAAGACAGUCGACAUUUAAGUCAAUUUAUUGCUCAUGCUGCGUUAGAUCUAGUGGAUGAGCACAAGUGGAGAACAGCCAAUAUGCAACUCAAAUCUAUCGACAGAUUCAAUCAGUGGUCCGUGUCAGCAUAUGUAACCGCAAGCCAGAUUCGGUUCAUCAUCGUACACGACAACAAAAAUGAUGACGGCAUAAAGAACUUCUUUAAUGAAAUGCACGAAACCUAUAUUAAGCAUUCCAUGAACCCAUUUUAUAAAAUCAAUACUCCUAUAAAAUCACCGAUCUUCGAAAAGAAGGCGCAACUCUUCGGGAGAAAGUGUUUACUAUCGUUGUAAAUUUAAUAGUAGAUGGAAAAUCCGAUUUAAGGGAAUUUUGUAGAAUGCAGUUUUACUUCGGAUAACACCUGUAGUAUCUGUUAGUUGGAGGCUGGUACAAAAGGGAAGGGAGCGUUGUACCGCCCACCUAUCCAGCUCGAAAUAGAAGACCAAAGUAUUCAGUCGUGCCUCUUCAAAAUAAAGAAAAUCGUUGAUUUUGCUUACAAAAUGCCACAAAUAUUUAAAGUACACCAAAUAAAAGGACUUUUUUGCUUGGACCAAAAAUGU